AUGCUAGUAGUCGGAACUGCAAUUGCAAUAGGUGCUAUAGCCGUUGAUAGACAUAAGAGAAAGAAGAAACUUAGAAAUAUGAGUGUUAAGGAGAGGGAAGAGUUUGAACGUUAUGAGAGAGUACAACAGCAACAACAGCAACAACAACAGAUAUCACAACAAUACCCAUCUUCCAGACAACUGCGUAAACAGCGUCGUUGUCAAGAAACUGGAUGUCAUUCUCAACCACGUCGCUCAGAUAAAUCGAGUAGGAUGAACUAUAAUCGUGGAGGAAGUGCUGCCAGCAGGCUGGACCAAAGAAUAGAAGUAUCACAACAACCACCACCUACACCUCAGAGAAAUAAAGAAAACCCCAGAGUUCAACAACAUGUACAGUCAAUGGUUGGGGACAAUGAUGUGUAUGACCCUCCACCAAAGUAUACGCCUUAA